UUUUGGGUACAUGCUAGUGUCGAAGGACAAACUUGCUCACGCUCGCGACUUCGGCGAUCUUCCAGAACAUACAACAGUCCGCUUGUAGGUUGCAGGAAUCUGGCGAUUUCCGUCCAAGAAUAUGUCUCCAAAUCAGUCAUACAAUGACGACAAGCAGACGGAGAGCUCGCAUGACAGUUCGCAUGAAGAGAGGCUAUUACUAGAACCGCAAAGCUUGAAGCUCUUGCCUUCCAAGAGCGGAGACUGGAGAAGAAGCAUCACCUUACAUGCUGUCGUCUUCCUACUCGCGAUAGCAAUCACAACCCUCCUUGGGUACCUCAUCCGUCCAUUCCCCCCACAGCCACCACGCAUGAAAACCCUUGACUGCGGCACAAAUUCUACCACCGCCCGAGCAAACAACUGCACUUACGACGUCCUCUCCAACAUCUGGGUGCCAAACCCAUGCAUCGACCACAAGAACCUAGACGACUUCAAGCGUCUCGCCAAAUGGCAAGCGUACGAGACACGUGAAGCCAAGCGCCUCCUUACCGAAGACGAGAUGGGCGACGUGGUUGCGCCGAAUACUUACUUUACGGAGAUUCGGGAGCACAUGGUGCACUGCGCGCUCAUGUGGCGACGACUACAUCGCGGCUAUCAGGAAGACCAGAAGUACCUCGAUCUUCAUGUGAGAGCGUUGACGCAUACGAAACACUGCUCGCAGCUCAUGAUUGAUUAUCUGGAGAAGCCGAGAUCGGUCAUGGAUCUCACCGUGUCGCAAACUUCACCAGGCUUUUCGGUUUGUCACCUUCCAGUUUGAGAUUAUCGAGGGGCAGAUAUUGGAAGUCGGAAGGUUCGCAAGGUUGUGCCGUUUUCAUGUGUGCCAGGUGGCUAUAGGCUCAUCUGAGGAUUUGAUAGAAAAUGUUCUCUCUGAUCAAUCUCUCGACAGGCCCACGUAUUGUGCGUGCGGUGUGGUUAUAGCGUCAAUCUAUGGAA